AUGCCAAGGGACGAUGACGGUGCAUCAGCAAGUCAAACAGAAGACUCUCUGACACCGCUAACUCAGACGAAUACGCCUUCGUCCACCGUCGAGGCACUUUUGCAUCCAGGGAACUUCCUCCCGGGGAGUUCUAAUGACGAUGGAGUACCCGCCAAUGAGGCUUCUAUGAUGGUGCCGCCGUACAACGAUGCGUCGCAGUGGGUAUUACCGGCAGCAGAAAGCGCCUCAGUUGGAACUCCUGUUUCGGUGUCCCGUAUGCCCGUCAACGAUGAAGCGCUUCUGCAGAAUCCGCUGAACACCAAUGCAUUUGAACUGCUUGGGACGCCCAUGAUGCGCCCCCUGAAAACUGCUACCGACCUAUCAUUUGCAUAUACCACUGGAACAAGCCAUGCCUUGGGCAGUGAUGACAAACAAGCUGUUAUUUUCCACUGCAAGGUCCUUGCUCCGCUGAAAUCUACCCGCAACUGGGAUCGUUCAGCGCAUACCCUCUUCCUCAACAAGGCUUACAAUAGAAACAUGGCACUUCACUUCCUUCUCGCUGUUUCCCACAGUGAGCUGGCUAUUCAUUUUGGCCAAGGGUCUCAGCCUCCACAGGAAUCCCAGAGACACUAUCAGCGAGGAUCGGAGCUGUUCUUGCAAGCUCAUAAUCCCUUUGCUACCCCGGACCAUGUCAGUAUGAUGCUCUCAUUUCUGUACAUGUACAUGUUCUGGAUGCGACGAGAACACCUUGAUCCCACAAAGCUUAGAGACUUGAGUAGAGCCGUCCUCGUCCACGUCCGAACGUACGGGCUGGAUACGCUUUGCGCUAGCGAUGAUGUGUUCUCUGUCGAUGGUGCAUGUGAUGGCGUGAUUACCGUGUCAGAGCAGGUUUUGCUUGCUAGGGUGAUUACGUAUCUCUACGACCGAGACGGGUUUUGCUGUUUCUUCGGAUGCGGUGGGCAAUUUGCCAACUAUAUGAACAGUAUUCCUCAAAAAAGACACAGGAUUUGGUUGCGUUCGCGAGCUGCCUUCUUCCUGCCGCUGAGCGAGGUUGGAUAUAACGAGGCAGGGUCGGAAAUCGAAGACGCGGCAACUAUCGACGUUUACUUUGAGCUUAUUAUUUUGCAUCAAGAAAUCAAUACUUAUAGCCAAAGCUCAGUAACGCAUGCGACGGCCAUGAAACCAAGACUACAACAACGACUAGAGGCUAUCUACAAGGAUCAAGGAACACUCUUUCACCAAGCGACAGAGCAGUCGCAUGAUUCUCAGUGCACUCUGAUGGCUUAUGUCACAGUAACCGUCUUUUAUGCUCUACAGAUUUACCUCUACCGCGCUCGGCAGUGUGCGUUUGGGACCAGGCCUAUACCUGCCGAAAUCCAGGAUGCCCUUAACUCACUCGUGUCUGCUGCGUACUACGCCACAAAGACUGGACAAGUACAGUUACUUGAGCGUUUUCAAUGGUCUCUCUUCAUCGCUGGGUUGGAAGUCACUGAUCCAGUGCACCAGGAGUGGAUUGGAAACAAUAUGUCUGAUCCUGCAAUCAAGAAAGGAUUCGACCAUAUUCAAGCUUUCAAGAGAAGAUCUGCAGGUGGUAUCACUGUGCAGAAUAUUCGAGCGCUAAUCGACGAGAGUUUGACGGUGUCAUAA